UACGAUCAUUAACACGUUUGUGUCCAGAUCUGUUGCGUACCAAAAAAAUGGAAGGAGUUGACUUGAUGGCAAGGGAUCCUAACUCCCUUAAUGAUCUUGUGCAGGUAGCCUUUCACGAUGUGUUGGGAGAGCCGGACGGUACACAUAGUAUUGACUGUGUGUGGACCACCGCUCACACGUGCUUCACCUGCUCAAAGAACUGCUGCUACAAAUUUGUCAGUACUUUGUGUGGCCUCUGCAUCGCUGUUGCCUGGGGCUGUGAGUUCGCCUUGAUCACCUUUGAGGCAGUGUGGUGCUUUACACCAGCUCUCAAGGCCUACUCAAUAAUUAUGGGAAUUAAUCAGCGGUUCUUCGGUAUUCUCAUCAGCUGCUGUCUUGCUCCAAUCUGUGAAACAUGUGGAUUAUGCUUGAGUAAUAUCUCAAUGAAAAAGAUGUGAAAACAAUUGACAAGUGAUAAAAUAUCUAAACUUUUUAAUUUAUAUUUUAUUUUCCAUGCUGGAGAAGGUUAUACCAUCACAUCAGCUGGACUUCAUUCAUUAGAAGAACAUUAUUAUUGAUAUGGUGAAAUAAACAACGAUUGUACGUACAUUAAUAAUAAUAAUGAUAAUAUACAAUAUUUAUAUAGCGCCCUUUAUAAUUUGUAAAUUUACUCUAAAGCGCUUUACAACAUAUGAAUAUAAGUAAUAAUUGUUAAGCAAAAACAAAGGCUUAAAAUCACUUUACUACAUUAAGGAAGCAAAUAAUCAUCGCAAUAUGCAUAUAAAUGAAUAAAUAUAGGUUGGUAUUUACAUGACGUCUUUGCAAACAGCCUUAGGUACAGACGUGAA